AUGGCCCCGCCACGAACGUUUGCCAUUCUAGCUAUUGCGCUGGGAUUGGCAUGCUGCCAUGGGCCAAAUGUGAAGGAGCUGCUCCAAAACCAGGAUCGACCCCGGCCGAAAGCGUCUGGAGGUGGAAGUUGGGACAAAACAAGACUCGUGAUCCUCGACUACACUUUCCGUGGCGAGUCCGUCAUCUACGAUUUGCUGGAGAACAAGGAAACCGCCCCGUCGCACAUCAUCGAAGCGAAAUACACGUGGGAGACGCUACAUCAUGACGCCGAUGCCACGAUUUUCAGUCGAUUGAAGUUUGUCCGCUGCGUAUCCGGGCCGUGCGGGGAUGAUAUUCCGGAUGUGUACGUCCAUUUCCAGCAGGGUGGCAACAAUCUCAUCGGGAUUUAUAUGGAUUUGAGGGACAAACCCGAAGGCUACCAACCCCAGUGGAACUUCUUGCUCUCCGUGGCCAACAUCGUCUGGACGCCGGCCAUCGGCGGAGAGGGAGACUCGCAAUUUGUCGAUUCUCCAUAUGGCCACUGCCAGUACGACUUCUCACGCCCACAGGACAAGCAUUUCAAGCGGAAUAUUGGCGGUUGCGAGUUGACAGGGGAUUUCAACUACACCCGCGCCGACGGCCUGCAGACUACGAAAUAUACGCAGGAGGUGCUGUACGUCCAAAACGUCAAGACCGACGCGGACAUUGUGAUUAUUGAGGCUGUGGAGGAGUUGAAGAUGCGUUCGAUGAUCAACCCGAAAUGGGGGAUGACGAUUGAGAGUCGCGUCAACAUCGAGAUGGAAAACCGUACCCGAAUGUACGUCCUACGCCACUGCGAUAUGGACAGCCUGGCGGACGACUGCGCCCGGAACGUCUUUAACCUCACCAAGAUCAGCGACAAAAAGUACGAAGGGAUCCUCCUUGCUCCACGUCGCCCCAAUCGAUUCGGUGUAGCUGUGGCCGAGUACCGCAACCACCUCUAUGAGAUGGGCCCCAGCCAUACGUGUGAGGAGCACGCGCGGCUUUAUUCAGAAAUCCUCCGCGAAGCCCUCGCAGCCAACGCCCACGACUUCGCCGAGGCCAUCCGACACCCCGAAAACGAGCCCGUACUAAAAGCCAUAGCCAAUGCCCUCGGGUCGGUCGGAGACUCCGAAAGUAUGAAGGUGUACAGGGAAGUACUGUUUACGGAUGCCCCGGAGACGUUGGAGGAUUAUCUUUUUGGGGCGGCGGUUGCGGUGUCGAACGACGAGAAGUGGCAUAAGAAUUUGAUGUACUGGCUGGUGGAAGCCAAGGCCGCAUCCGACCCAUCCGUCUACCACUCCCUAUCCAACGCCCUGGCUACCGUACUCUGGCGUCGCUGUGAGUCGACCACGAUCAAGCAGAAGGCGUGUGCCAGAAGUCAGGAUAAGGUAAUCACCAAAUUUGUCUCGGUCCUCACGGAAUGCACUAAUAACGACUGCAUCGAGAAUGCUCUCCUCGCCUUCAUCAACCUCCCGGUUCCAGAGGCCCUCACCUACGCCCGACAAUACAUUUGCCGUGGCCGCGCGGAAAAUAUCGAACACGCUGCCCUGGGGGUUAUCCAGAACACGGACGUCAAGUUUUACGACUCGCAGCUAAUUCGAGCCCUGGUGAGCGUCUUCCGGAAUACGUGCCCAACGGAGACAUCGCUGCAAAGCUCCCAGUUGGCCGUCGAUGCAUUGCUCGACUCAGUCCUGGAUCACCCGAACGCGGCCACCCUCCUGCUCCGCGGCGAAAAUGAUCAAUUCCGUGAUGAGGAGCGCUGGAAUUACUUCUACAAGGCUGUAACCGCUAGCCGACAUCAAGAUGAAAAUAAAGACGAAGUGUGGCGCCGGAUGCGCGCUUUUAAGGUGUUCCGCCCGAACUGGAACCAAAGAGCGCUCCGGGCUCGCUCGAACCGAUUUUACGGGGCUAUGAAGGAAGUCGUGGAUCAUCAGCUCGAACUGGACAUGAACAGCAACUACUUCGAGGAGUAUCUACAGGGCAUCCGGGUCGCACUCAGUUUCCGGAAAAAGAAGCACGUCCAGCCGUUCUUCGAGUUUAACCUCAAUGGCUACAAUCACGAUUCGUUCUUCCGCGGUGCCAGCGCUGCCGCCGUACUUUCCUCGACUCCAGAGAUUUAUGGCCGAAUCGGGAUCCUGGGCCAUCAAUUGCCUCGGCAAACGAUCGUUGAUGGUGAUGGCGAUCUGGUGGCGCUGGGAUGGGGAGGCGAUGGGCAUACUGUGCACAUUUUUGAGGGUAACGCCCCGCUUCGCGCCUAUCAAUCAGCGCUGCCUCUUCUCUCCGGGUUGACGACAAGGAUCUCAAGCCAGGGUUCGAUCAACCUCAAAACCCUUGGCGGCCUGGAUGUAUCGAUCUGGAACCGUGAAGCCAUGCUAGUGACUACCAUGAACAUAUCCGCAUCACUCGAUCUCGAAGCUAGUCUUUUGUCGAAUUUGGAGCCGGCCGAGACUGUUGCUUCGAAGUUCUCCAUCGUCACGAGCAUCACGGUUGAGACGGAGAUCGACUUUGCCUCGUUGCCACCGCGGAGUUGUGGGCAGUCUUCAAGCAGUUAUACGCCGAUAAGCCUCUCUACCACCACCACUGAUCACGCGACCGGUAAAAACCGAACCUGGAAACAACCACGUCGUCUCUUCCCCACCACCUACCGCCUCGCCGCCGACAACACCAAGCAGUGCAAUUUGCAUCACAAUCGGAUAGCCGGAGAUUCCGCGGCGAACGUCCACCCGGAACUG